AGCAGUGGCCCAAGUUAGGGCUCCGUCCGCCAUGAAGUGCUUCGUGUGUGGCGGCGUAGAGGUGAAAUAUCGCUUCCCUUGCUGCCGCGAGAGAUACUGUUCUCUGCCCUGCUAUCGUCGCCACGCGGCGGGCCAGUGCCCCGCGCGCCCGGAACGGGAGUCCGCCAAGCGACCCCGGAAGGAAGAGCCGGAGGAAGAGGAUCUGAUCAGCGAGGUCCGCCUUUGCGCGCUGCGGGGGCAUGUGGGGGUGCGCUCGGCGCUGCAGAACGAGGCAUUUCAGGAUGCGCUGAUUACACUGGAUGAGGCACACGAUCGCAGACAGACGCUGGAGAAGCUGUUGGAGAAGGAUAAGUUCUUUCUGAAAUUUGUGGGGGAUCUGAUGGAGGCGAUUGAUUACUUUCCCAGAGACCGAGACCUCAAGCCGAUGUGAUGUUGUCGACUUCAAGAUGAGCCGACUCGAUCAAGAACGUUUGCUUUCGGCUGGCGCUUUCAUAAGGAGCGACAUAAGCGAUCGAGCUCUCAAAAAGGAG